AUGGCGAAAUUCAUAGCGACGAUCAAGGCCAUCAUAACGCGCAUCGUGUUCGCCUCGCACGGCUUCAUCGCCAUCUGGCAGGUGACGAACUUCAAGCGCGAUCCCGUCUACUGGUACCUCUGCUGUCCCAUCGUGCUGCUCUUCUUCGAGGGCAUAUUCACCCUGACGAUCAAGUCCAAUCAGGAGUGGAAGUGGUUUUGCCCGUCCGUCUUCUUGUACCUCGGCAGCGUCGUGCCGGCCAUCUGGCUCCUCGAGCUCGAAAAGGUCGAUCGCAGGGUGAAAAAUUUCGGCGUCGCCGUCAUCAACGACACCUUCGAUCUCACCAAGCUCGAGGAUCUCAAACAGCUGCAAAAGACCCUGGGCGUGAACAUACGCCUGCCCGAGCUGCAGAUAUCCACCGAGACCUGGGUAACUCUCAUCGAGCAGUUCCUCAUGCUGAUCUUGAUAAUCGGCCGCUGGAUGCUGCCCAAGGGCGAGCUGACGCGCGACCAGCUCAGCCAGCUGCUGCUCGUCUACAUCGGCACGGCGGCCGACAUAAUCGAGUUCUUCGACUCGUUCAAGGACGAGAAGGUGUCGCGCGAGCCGCUACUGGUCUAUCUGACCCUGGGCAUCUGGGCCUGGUCGCUGAUGCAGUUCACCGUCGUGCUCACCGCCACCAAGUCGAGAAAGAGUCGACUCUCGUCGUCGUCGUCUGGUGGAGGUGGAGCGACUUCGAGGAAAAAGAGGCAGCAGCAUCAGGUGACGAGCGACGAUCAGACGAGCUGCUGCAGCAUCGACGUCUGGGCGAUCGCCAUCAACAUGCUGCUGCAGGACGGCCCGUUCCUCGCCUUCCGCCUGACCCUCAUCGUACACUUCAAGAUCGUCAGCUACAUGAACAUAUUCUUCACCUGCAAGAACACCCUGGUGAUUCUGCUGCAGCUCUAUCGGCUGUACGUGGUGCAGAGCGAGACUCGGGCGCGACGCCGAGAAAGCUCGGCCGCGAUGAUGCACCACCACGAGGUGAGCCUCGUGUCGAGGCCCGACUCUUACGGCACCACGGGUCGACGCGGCAAGAGGAAAAAGCGCCGAGAUGACGAGGACGAGGACGACGGCGAUGAUUACAGCAGCGAGGAGUAUCGGCCCAAACGAAGACGACGAUCCAGCACGAGCCAAGAUACGAUGAGCGACGAUACUCGAAGAAAGAAGCGUCGCGAUGUUACGUCGAGCAAGCGCGACUCGUCGAAGCGUCGACGCAAACGCGACGCGUCCUCGAGCGACGACGAGGAGGAGGAAUCCACCCCGGAGAGAGAUAAAAAAUCGAGAUCGAGGACGCGACGGAACGAGCCCAGCGGCAAUAAAAAGGGCAAAGACGAUACCGAGGAGAGCAGCGUGGAUGACGCGAGCAAGAGACGCGAGCGAAGAAAAAAGCGAACGGACGCAGUGGCGGAUUAG